AUGCAGAUUGUAAAUAUUCUUGUUUAUGGUGAGGGACUCAUUGAUUAUUGUAUCACGCAUUUAAGGCUUUACAAGAGAACUAUUUAUGCUAUGGAAAGAGAGACAAUAGGGAAAAGAUUUACUACAUCGGUGAAUUCAGGGAGAGAAAGGGGUCCACUCUUUCUAGCAGGAAAGAUGUCUCCAUUCCCAUUGAAAGGAGUUCCAACAAGGCCACACAAACAUAUGCAUCGCUUGUUACAAAGGUCUACUAAUGAAGCAUCUAUACCUGCAUUGUCAUCAUCUACAGUCCCACAAUUUGGUACUGUACCCGUGCCUGCGUCCAACACUACAUCCACACAGACAUUCACACGGAUAACUUCUACUCCUCCACUAGUUGGUACUAUAUCAGCCCCACGAUCCACCCCUUCAUCCACACCAGCCCCAUCAUCUACCUCUGCAUCCAAAACGACAUUCACAUCAGCAACAACUACCCCACCAAUGUUUGGUACUCUAUCAAUGCCUUCAUCCACACCAGCUCCAUCAUCAGCCCCUUCAUCAACACCAACUCCAUCAUCUACACCUUUAUCCACACCAGCUCCAUCAUUAAUCCCUUCAUCAACACCACUUCCAUCAUCCACCCCUUCAUCCAGAACUGCUCCGACGACACCGCUUGAUGAACAAAACGAAACACGAAUAGACGGACGCUUACGUAUUACAGUUCAGGCAAAGGAGUUAUCACCUUCAGGUAAAUGUUCCUACAUAAUUAAAAAAUCGUUCCUAGAUAAAGUGGACCCAAAAGGAUAUAAGUGGGCAACUUUAAGUGAAGAGACAAAACAAUUUUAUUGGGAAGAGUUCCAGAAAAAAUGCUAUUGGGAUGUUGCAAUUGGUAACUCAGUUAAGGCUGCUUGGGAACAUAAGGCCAAAGAAAGGUAUCGACAGUAUAUCUAUGACAUGAGCACAAGAAAUCCAACCCACGAAAAGCCGUCUCACAUAGAACAACAAGUGUGGAAUGCUUGGAAUGCAAUAUGGAGUUCAGAUGAGUUCAAGAAAAAAUCAGAACAAAAUAAAAUAAAUAGGCGUAAAGGGGUAGUGGGUGGAAAAGCCCCACCUACUCAUAAUGGAGGAUCUGCUUCUCAUAAACAAAUUGCUAUUGAUAUCGAGGAAUAUACCGGAAAAGCUCCAUCAGUCUAUGAUGUAUUCAUGUUUACUCAUACUAAGGAUCAUGACGGAAAGACAUUCCUAGAUGAAAAGGCGAAAAAAGUUCAUGAUUUUAUUGAGUCUCGACGUGCGGAUUUGGAACUAUUAGGAGAGGAAGUGGAUGAAAAUGAGUUGUUUUAUACAGCUGUUGGAGGACAUGACCGUAAAAGAAGAGUUUAUGGGCUUGGAUCAUAUGGAAGAUCCAUUUUUCCUGGAAAUUCUUCUGAAGCAUGCAGUUCACCGGAUACAAAUUUGGAAAAACAUCAUCUAGAGGCCAAGAUCCAAAAACUAGAGGAAACUAUUGAGCAACAAAGAGUCGACUUGGAUGAAGUGAGAAACACGAUCAAUGAUAUGAGAAACAUGAUUAACUAG